ACGGAGGGAGGCAGACGGAGCUAGCUCCGGGGAAAAGUGCUGCCUGCCUGGGAACCUGUGCUCGCUCGGGCCACCAGGAGCCCUGUUUACCCUCCGAUCCGUUUCCCGACUCUUGCUGAGGCGUCCCCUAACCACUCUGGACUUAAAUCGCAGUCUUUCUGGAUCUCUGCUUCUUAUCUGUAAAACUGGGCUAGUUCUCCCUACCCCUCACUGGGGCGUUGGGAGGAUCUAACGAUGAAAUUUGUCUAAACUAAAGUGUUUUACCAACGAUUGAUGGAUAGAAUUGCUGCAAUUAGGCAGUAGGGCAUAGUAGGUAGGAGCUUGGCACAGGAGCUUGGGCCAGGAGUGAAACUGUCUGGUUUUGAAUCAUAGCUCUUCCUUUUGCUGGAGGUUGGGGGAGUUAUUUAACCUUUCUCUUUCUCAGUGAGCUCACUUUCAAAUGGCUAUUAAAAUGGUACCUGCUUGAUAGGGGCUUUUGGGGGAAUAAAAGAGUUGGUAUAGAUAAAGCAUUUGGAACCCAGCCUGGCGUGGUAAAAUACACAUUCAAUUGUUAGCUAUUAUUAAUAUUAAAUACUUGUAAACUGUCAAAUCAUCACAUCUGUCUUCCCAUUGAUGAGUCCUACACAGUUUACAUGUUAUUUUCCUCUCUGUUCAAAAAUGCUUUAACAGGCUUCCAAUUAGGCAAUGGACAUUCACCAACUCCCCAUCCCCAAGGCAGCCCCAUUCUGUCUCCAGAUAGUUAGGACAAUAAGAAAAUUUUCCAUGUUAUGUAGAAAUCAGCUUUUGUGAUACUUCUACCUAGAGUGCUAGUGCUACCCUUAGAGCCAUAAAUAACACAUUAGCUACAUCUCAUACUUAACAGCUUUUCAGAUUUGGAAACAUCUCCUGCUGAACUCCCUGUGUGCAGUCAGACCUUUGCGUUGCAGCUGUAAUUAAAGAAUGCCAUCUUGUUACACUGUCGCUGAAGAGCCAAACCUUAGAUGCAGAAGCAGAUGUAUUAUGCACAGUCCUUUACAGCAAUCACAACAGAAUGGGCCGCCACAAACCUCAUUUAGCCCUCAAACAGGUUGAACAAUGUUUAAAACGUUUGAAAAACAUGGAUUUGGAGGGUUCAAUUCAAGACCUUUCUGAGUUGUUUUCUUCCAAUGAAAAUCAACCUGUAACUACCAGAGCAUGUGCCAUCCCCAGCCAACCAGUGGUGGAGCUGGUAUUGAUGAAGGUUUUGGGAGCCUGCAAGUUGUUACUCCGCCUGUUGGACUGCUGUUGCAAGACAUUUCUCUUGACUGUGAAACAUCUGGGUUUGCAAGAGUUUAUUAUUUUAAACCUUGUGAUGGUUGGGCUGGUGAGCAGGUUAUGGGUUCUCUAUAAAGGUGUUUUAAAAAGGUUGAUUUCUUUGUAUGAGCCACUGCUUGGACUGCUUCGAGAGGUUUCUAGGAUUCAACCAAUGCCUUACUUCAAAGAUUUUGCCUUUCCUUCUGAUAUUGCUGAAUUUCUAGGACAGCCCUAUUUUGAAGUCUUUAAGAAAAAAAUGCCUGCAGCUUUUGCAGCUAAAGGUGUAACUAAAUUGCUAAAUAAACUGUUUUUAACAAAAGAGCAAUCAACAAGGUCCAGUGAAGAAACCUCACUUGGAAUUUCCAAAAAAUCUAAACAUAUGAAGAUUAAUAUACAGAAUAAUGUGGAUCUUGGACAGCCAGUAAAGAAUAAGAAAGUCUUCAAAGAAAAGUCAUCAGAAUUUGAUGUGAGGGUUUUCUGUGAACAGCUGAAACACAAAGCUACUCAGGAGACCAGCUUUGAGUUUAAAUGUUCUCAGUCCAAACUAAAGACAACCAAACAUUCUUCUCAGAAAGUGAUAGGAACUCCUCAUGCCAAAAGUUUUGUGCAAAGAUUCCGAGAGGCUGAGACUUUUGUACAACUUUCUGAAGAAAUUCAAAUGGCAAUUAUAUGGUGCAGGAGCAAAAGACUCAAGGCUCAAGCCACCUUUCUGGGUAACAAACUUCUUAAAAGUAACCGACUUAAACAUGUCGAAGCUCAAGGUAAUAGAUUGCCAAAGAAACUGGAGUGCAUAAAAACAUCUAUUUGCAACUGCCUUCUUCGUGGCUCAGGAAUCAAAACUUCAAAGCAUCAUCUGAGACAAAGAAGAUCACAGAAUAAAUUUUUACUGAGACAAAGGAAGCCACAGAGAAAGUUGCAGUCGACUCUUUUAAAGGAAAUUCAGCAGUUCCCUCAAGGGUCUCAGAAGAGUGCUACAGAUACCAGUGCUAAGUGGAGACUCUCACACUGUACAGUUCAUAGAACUGAUCUCUACUCCAACAGUAAGAAAUUCUUGAGUAGCAGAAUUUCAAGUCCUGUCAUACAAACUAAGGAGAAACAGAUUCAUAAAAAUCUUACAGGAAGCAAUGAAAAUGAAACUGAUUCAAGGACAGUGAUUCAAAUAAACAAACAUAGUACAUCAGGAAUCAUUAAGGAAACAGAUGAGAUUGAUGAUAUUUUUGCUUUAGUGGGAGUUUAGGUGUUCAUGUGUGAGACUUUUAAGUGCUUAACAAGCUGGUUCUACAUUCUGCUGUUUUAAGUGGAACUGCUGAAAGUACCACCUGGACGCAAGAACUGUUUUAGUGCAACAACGAACAGAAGGUCAUUUCAAUUCAGUAAACAUAGUAGCUUUGGGUCAUUUAAUCAAGUUUUUGGGGGGCUUCAACUACGUGCCAGGCAUUAAGGUGAAAAAUCUGCCAUAGCCUGCCCUUGAGCAGCAGAUGUAAUUUCUUGACUGAGGCUGGCAGGUCCCUGAAAAUUGAAUAAUUUUAUGAUUUACCAGGGAAUUAAGACCUGACAAAUUAAGUCUGCAAAAACCGCUGUGCCUUAUGGUAAAUGGGGAGUUGGGGUGGGAAGUAGCAAGGAAGCACCUAAAAGGUCACUUUGGCCUUAUUAGCUCCGUUGUAAAAGUCCACCUCUGAAACCAAUGUUUGUAGAGUCUGACAGUUGUGCUGUCUUGUUAAUAUAUUAGAAUUGAUCAUCAAAGGCACUCAAAAGUUUUGCCAUUAAUUGUAUUACCGGGGACUGGUCACAAACAUUCUUUCUCUUUAUUUGUUCACCUUGUCUCUAAGGAAUGCAUGUUAAAAUGCUUUUGCAAUUCUUCAAAAGGUUUUAAUUUUUUGUAACUUGUGUUUAUUUAUUUGGGUGCCAGUGAUUGAUUACAAAUAAAACUUUUUUCCAAAAAGGAUAUGAGAUGGCUUGUGGUUAUACAUGGACAACAAAGAGGUAGGUAAGAAAGUAAAAUGAAAAAAUUAGGGUAGGAGACACAAAAUAGACCCAGGAAUGAGGCUAAUACAUGAAUUUAUAAUUUGGUACUGAUGCUAUCAUCUGAUAUUUGGACACUGCUUGUACAAUUUCUCUGAGAUAGUAAAUCUUAUGUAUUUUCAAAUAACGA